GGCCCCAAAUUGCGUGGAAGACAAACACACCAGCAUGGCGUCGAUGGCAUCGCAGGGACGACGCGGCAACGCGCGCCUCCCGCCGGAGGUCAACCGCGUUCUCUACGUGCGCAACCUCCCGUUCAAGAUCUCGAGCGACGAGAUGUACGAUAUCUUUGGCAAGUACGGCGCGAUCCGCCAGAUUCGCCUCGGCGUCAAUGCGGACACGCGCGGGACGGCCUUUGUCGUGUACGAAGAUAUUUAUGACGCCAAGAACGCGGUCGACCAUUUGUCGGGCUUCAACGUCUGCGGCCGCUACCUCGUCGUGCUCUACUACCAGGCGAACCGCGUCAGCAAGAAGAUGGACGUCCAGGCCAAGCAGCAGGAGCUCGCGGAGCUCAAGGCGCGUUAUGGCGUGUAAUGAGGAUCCGAUGCAUUGAUUUCGA